UCAGCGCCAGCUAUACCCACAAAGCCCGGUGCACUUCCAUGCUGCCAUCCACUCCUUCCGCGAGCCACCAAGUCGACCCGUCCGUCUCCUAGCCAAGCAACCUCGCCGCCCAUACCCUCUUUCGCCGCGGACACCCGCAUAACCACACCGCAACCGCAAUCAUGGUCGACUGGAUUUCUCUCGCGAUCCCCUUCGCCUACCUAGGCGUGCUCAUCGGCUCUUUGGCCACCUUCUCGCACCUUUACCGUGCGCGCAAGGCCCAUAAAGCCGCCUCGCUCGCGCCCUGGUUCCCGCCGCACCUCACGCGCAACAUCUACCUGUCGCUGCUGCACAUCGAAUCGGAGCCCAAGGUGCCCGACAGCGUGCUCAAGGCCGCUCUCCUCCGCCGCGCCGUCGACGACAUCCACCGCAUCGUCGAGCUCCGCAGCUCCAAGCAAGCCCUUCAGGUUCUGCUCCAAAGGGGCAGCGUCGGCGACGACCUGUGGCAGCGCUUCCAGCGCGCCGAGAAGGAGGUUGAGGCUGAGCUGAGGGACGUCGUCAGUGAGGCCAACGCAUUCGCGCCGGGCUGGGGUCAAACCAUCUUCCAGAACGCCUCCGAAAUGGCCCAGAACCAGCUCCUGCGCGCCCGCGUCGACGAGCUGCAGGCGCAGACCGAGGCCGAGAAGGAGUGGUGGAGCAGGAAGAAGGCCGCCAUUUCCGAGGACUUUAUGAAAGAGCUAGACUCGGCCCCCACCAGCAGGCCCACGACGAGCGCUGGCAGCAGACCGACCACCAGCGGUAGCGACGCUGUUUUGGUUGAUACCGGCAGCCCCGGCACCCCCAAGAGGAAGAGCAAGGGCAAGAAAUAGAGCCUUGCGCUCCAGAGGAGUGUGAUAUGAUCAAGUAUGCAUUUGCCGGUGUCGAGGCGUUUGGUUUGUCGAUUGGUGAAGGGGCUGGGCUUUCUGGAACAGAGGACCAGACGCGCGUACUGAUGUAUAUCACUUUUUGUAACGUUCAUCACCGUCAAGUGAGAUUCAUCGUUAGCGAGAUAGGGAUGGAUAAGCAAUCCCUAUGGAAUACUCAUCUAGCUACAAGCCUGAGUCCUGGAUAUGAAUAAAAAGGUCUUAGCGCAUACGUACUAUAAACAUUUAACUGCAUUUUUCUCUCCGU